UUCGGGUUUUGGGUCAAUUUCGGGUCACUGGUUUCGGGUCGAUUUCGGAUCAUGGGUCGGGUCAUUCGGGUCGGGUCAUCGGGUCUGGGUAAUGAUUGCCAGGUCUAAUCCCAAGCUUGGCUUGAGGAGCUAUUAGUAAGUGAGGUGAGAGAGUUAAAUAUCAAGUUGGGUGUAGAAAAAGAAGUUUAGUGUUCUUAAUUGUGAGCUGGAAAAAAAAAGUGUUUAAAAGUUGAAAAAAAAGUGGAUCCAAUUUUACUAGAAUGAACCAAGUAGUUGGUAGAGAGACUUUUGGGCCCAAAGCAAGAGGAGCCCGAUUCCAAGCAAAAGCAAGCUCUCAGUUGGCGUGAAGGCUGACCGGGCCCAAUGCUAGAUCGGGUGGGAGUGUUCCAUCUCGGCGCACUAAUUCGAGCCUGAUGUCGGUCUUUGGUUCUUGAAUGGGUUGAUAUAGAUAUCCAAAUUCACACUUUAAUUUGAAUUUAGUUUAAAUUUUUUAGGCAUGGACUCAUUUAAGGAUUUUUGUAAUACCCAAAUAUUUUAUAAUUUUAUAUAUUAUAUUGUAUAAAAAAAAUAGUUAUUUUUAUUAAUUAACUUUCCUAAUCUUAUAUAUUUUAUUUUAGAGUUUGGAAAGUUAUAAACCCUAUUAUUAUCUAAAAGGACUCUUUGUUUACCAAACUAUAAAUAUUAUUUAUACCCUAAUAGUUAUCAUCUUUGCCUCUAUGUACUCCAGUUUUAUCCUAUGUUGCUAAUCCAAUUUUCAAAAAAAAAAAAAUAAUAAAAACAAAAAAAAACUUUCGUGAGCUUUCUUGAUGUUUUGUGAAGCAAAUCAUCAAUUGGAUUUUCUAAAACCAAAGUCAACCCUUUAUUGUUAUCUAACCUUCUUCCAAUGUAUGUGAUGAAUUUUGCAUUCCAUAAGCCAACUUUUGAUAUAAUUUUGUCCGUGGAUUUUGUGAGAUCGGAGUACUCUUAAUUGAGUGCGUGGGUUAUUACUCUCGAAAGUAAGUCGUGCGAAGGGAUGAUGGGUCUUGGAUAAUGGGUUUUUCGAGCAAGUACAAUGCAAUCACAGCCUUUGCAACCGAAUUGCUAGCAGUCAGAGAAGGUAUUGCUAUGGUUAAACGGCUGGAGGUGAAGGAUGUGGAAUUAGAAGUGGAUGCGCUUUCUCUCAGUGUCAUGCUCAAUUCCGCAAGUAGUACUCUCCAUCACGAAUUGGCUGCUGUGGUGAAGGAUAUUGAGGAGGAUAUCAAAUAUUUUGACACCUUUGAAAUCCUUCAUGUGAAGAGAACUCACAAUGCUGUUGCUCAUGAAUUAGCUCAAAUUGGAAUGAGUAUGAGUGUUGGACAUCGAUUGUAUCUUACCUGUCCUGAGUCUGUCCUGCCUAUUUACAAUACAGAGCUUGCUGCUGUAGCUGCUCUGAAUGCUGAUGAAGACUCUGACGAGGAGUAAUCUGUUGCUGGUGUAUGUAUUCUCUAGUUUAGUUGUUGUCUUCAACUUUGUUUUUAUUGCUUUUCGAAGGGGCACAGUGUGUUUAGUAGUAAGACCAUUAAUUUUUACUCUUGUAUAUGGUCUUAUGGCUUCAGCUAUUUACCAACCUCACAUUUUGUCGUGCGGAAUGAGGUUGGGUCUUUUUAAUUGUAAAACUCUAAUUAAGUAAUAUAUUUCGUUUUUAUGUGUUAAAAAAGUAUA